GAUAUUCCAGAGAGCCAAAGGCCGCCAACCUUAAAUAAUGGACUGCCAAGUCAACACUCAGCUGCAGGCUGAUGUUUUUGGGCAAAGACCAAAGUAUUUGACUGAUUGAAAUUCUGAUGAUGGUGCCAGUUGAAAAAGUUAAGAGAUCACAGAGAAUUAUUCAGAGCAGAACAUGAGUAUUUUAACCAUGCAUACAUAAAACCAAACUUAUUGAGGACAAUUAGGACACCCAUUGUGUAAAAAACGCAACCGAAUUCAAUUCAAUUCAAUUCAGUUUAUUUUGUAUAGCCCAGAAUCACAAAUUACAAAUUUGCCUCAGAGGGCUUGACAAUCUGUACACAUGCGACAUCCUCUGUCCCGGAACCCUAACAUCCUAAAACUCUCCUAAAAAUAAAAAUUUUUUAAAAAAGCAGAGCGGUGAUUAAAAAAAAAAAUGAACAGCAGCAAUAGUGAGGCAGAGUGUAAAGUCAGAGAUCAUGAUCACUACCGCAUUCAUCCACAGGGACUGCUAAAAACACAAAAUGAAAGAUCCUCAUAGUAGCUUUAAGUGGCAAUCCUGACAAUGCAUUCGCACAUAAUAGUAAUAAAAAUAAUGAAGAACAGAAAUAUAUUAUAGAUUAAAAAUAUAUAUAUAUAGAUUAAUUUGUGACAUGCAAAGUGAUAACUUUACUGAUGUUACUGUAGUAGCAGCAGAUGAUUAUGUGACUCAUACAGAAUGUGUAGAGGAGGUUUCACCACUUCCUGUUUAAUGCUCUCAGUGUUUUAGUCUGAGUAAUUGAUCAAAAAAACACCAACAGGAUGUGAUCACUUCCUCACUUCACUCUGCUGCUGAUGCUAGCUGCCUCUCUCUCUCUCUCUCUGUAUCUCUGCAACAAUGGUAUGUUCUUUAUGGAAACCUUCACAAAAAAAGAAUGAAUGAAUGCUCUCUUUCUGCAUGAUUUUUUUCUGCAAGUAUGCUUUUCCCUUUUUAACCACAAUUUUUCACCAUUGCAGAUAAUUGUCUAUUUCAUCCCUCCUGAGUGCACGCUGCAGUCACGCUGAACUGAGACUUUGUUGUGUUUGGUGAGUGCAUGCGCACGAGGAGAAACAAAUCAAGUUGUCCUACUUUUACUCAUUUCAUAUGAGUUAACCACUGCUCCAUAUUAAAGUGCAGAGAAACGGAAGCAUGACACCCUUUUAGUUCACUGGUGUGUUUGCCGUUUGUUUUGCCGGCAUGUAAUCGUUUCAGGCUGCAUUCCGAUCACGUGACUGUCAAAGACUUGUAAAAAAAACUAGACCAGCAGGAUUUUGUUUUGCAAACGAUUACCUCAACACAAAGCUGGAGGAGGAAGCAUAUGAAGGGGUGGGGUGGUGUAAAUGUGAACAGAGAAAGGGAAGUGGAGUGAAGUUGUAACUUUUUACAGCUGGGUCUGGACCUUUCCUUUGAGCGGCAGAGAAGCGGGGGCUUUUUCCUCUGGAGCAAGACUAGAUAAAGAGGCUUUGGGUGGGAGGGAGCGUCAGAUUGACUGAAGGAGGAGCCUUAAGAGAGGAGAGGCAGCCAAAGGGAGGGGCACAGACAGUGUUUUGUCCUCAGCUGUGGAGGAAGACGAGACAAGACAGGACAGGGAAUGACUGUAGGUGCUCAAGCUCUUCGCUCUUCGCUCUCUGUUUCUCACUUUGCUUGAUUUCUCACCGGAGUGUGUCCGAAACCUCCCCGCUGGCACCAUGGAUAACUUCCAGACCGUCCUGCGAUUCUUCAUGAACCAGAAAGCCACCAUCGGCUACAGUUUCAUGGCUCUCCUGACUAUAGGCGGGGAGCGAGUCUUCUCCAUGGUCUCUUUUCAGUGCCCAUGCAACCACGACCAGAACUUUGCCUACGGGCUGACCUUCCUGCUGGGCCCGGCGGCGGUGCUGCUGGUGUUGGGCCUCUUCUUCAGCACCAGGUUGUGGAGGCUCUACACCGGCUGCUGCCUCAAUCCCAUGAAGCUGUGCCCCAGAGGGAACUGCUUGGGCUGCCUCAGGGCGUUCACAAGCAUCUUCACCGGGGCUUGCGUGGCCCCUAUAAUGUGGCUCUCAGUGGCCCUGCUCAACGGGACCUUUUACGAGUGUGCUGUCAGCGGCCUAGACGAUAACGUGGUGGUGGAUCUGUUCUGUAAAAACAAGACCAUGAAGUGUCGGAACGAGCUGGCCCGAGUGCCCUGUGACCGGUCCGAACUGUCCAAAGAAGAGCGCAUGGAGCUGCUGUUGAUGUUCAGGGCCCAGUCACAAAUCCUGGGCUGGUGCAUCGUCAUCAUUGCUGCGUUCGGGGGCCUCCUUGGUACCUGCUGCACUAACUGCCGCUCCAAAAUCAGCUACCUGCAACUCACCUUCUGGAAGCGCUAUGUGGAGAAAGAGAAGGAGCGCUUCGACGCCUUCGCGCUGGACUACGCCACCAAGCUGGCGGAGAGAAACCUGCAGAGUUUCUUCGAGAACAAGGACCCCGAGCCGUUCCCUUUCCCCAGCCACAGGGCGUGGGAGGAGAUCUCGGCCCACUACACCUUCUCCAGGAGCGAGCAGUGUUACAGCACCCUUCAGCGGUACGUGGAGAGGACAGACGGGGACUACACAUCGGAGAAGAGACCCGUGUUGGACCCGGAGCAUGGAAUAGAGAUGCUCUGAGAAGGGGCAAACUGCAUUGUGACUGUCAUCACUGUGGGUAUUUAACUCUAGGUCGAUUGUAUGUGCAAGUCUGACUCAGGAACAGCUUCCCCAC